UAAGUGCAAUCCAUUCUUGAUUGCAAGGGCUUGGCUCAGAGCAGACAAAUAUCAUACUAAUGUAGAGUUCAGAUGUCUAUGGACGAACCAUCACACGUCCCUUUCUAAAUCUCUUUUGCUUUAUAUAUCAUCAUCCCCUCUCAAAUUAUACAAUGCAUCUUAUUGUAAACAUCAAUUUGCUUUUCACCAAAAGCCACCCUCUCUCACUCCAUAUUUUAUAUAACUCAUUCCAUCUUUGAAGAAGUCUUGUAACUUAUUUUGAAAUUCGACUUCACUUCAUUGACUAUGUUACAUAUAAUAGUCAAAGAAACAAUCAAACUUCCAUGCAAGCAGUCCAGUUGGACUUAAUUCUAUCCAUGUUCAAAUUUCCUGUAUUUUGACCGUUUUUUGAGGCGUUUAAUGCUUUUUAUUUCACUUUCAAUAAACCCAACCGCUAAGUAUAUCAUUUCUCAUAUAUUUUGAUUUUGAUAUCCGAAUUUAUUUAGAAAAAAAGAAAAUGGCGAUUGAAGUCUUCCCGGAUAGCCCAAGCGCGAGCGGCAUCAGCCCACGCAUCUCAUUCUCCCACGAUCUCACCCAAUCCGACGUCGUUCCCAUCGAGCAGUACAUUCGCUCCGCCGCCUCCUCCUCCUCCAUCGAUUUCGACUUCUGCGUCUUCCGCGAGAGCUUCGACCACGAAUCCUCCUCCGCCGACGAGCUCUUCUUCGACGGCAAAAUCCUCCCCAUCCAAAUCAAAAAACGCCUCGCUCCGCCGCCGCCGCCGGCUCCUCUCCCCCCUCCUCCGCCGCCGCCGCUCAAAUCGGAAGAGAAGCAGAAGUCGUUCUGGCGAUUCAAGCGCAGCUCCAGCCUCAACUGCGGCAGCGGCUACGGCCGGACGCUCUGCCCGCUGCCGCUCCUCUCGAGGAGCAAUUCCACCGGAUCCACCGCCAGCGGCAAGCGAUCGUCGAUUUCGAAGCAGAAUCUGCUGAAAAGCAAUUCAUCGCAGAAGCAGCAGCCGAUGUCUGGCUAUUCCUCGAAGCCGCCGUUGAAGAAGAACGGCCAAUUCUCUCAUAAAUUCAGUCCGGUGCUGAACGUUCCUCCGGCGACUAUCUUCGGCCUCGGCUCCAUAUUUUCCGGCGGCGGCAAGGAUCGGAUCAGGAAGAAGUAUUAAUUGAUUUUUAAUAAUUUAAUCAAUUCCUGUUAAUUUCGUUUCUUCUUCCGUCAUUUUCUUAUUGUAUUAGACGGUGAUUAAUUAAAAUUAAGAUUGUAAUUAAUGCAUGCGAGUGUGAAAUUGAAAUUGAAAAAAAAAGGUGAAAAUCAAUAAUUGUGCCGGCUUUAUACAUCAUAAAUUAAACAGCUUUAAAGAAAUCGAUGCCGAAUUACAGGUAACGAGUUUUUAGAGUUGUCAUUUUCUUCUCUCCUCUUUAAUUAAUUUUAUUCUAUUUUUUUACUAUAAUAUGGAGUAAGUUGUUUGCA